GUUCCAGUAAUUGUGCGUCAUUGUGUGAGGAGGAAACCCGCUGAGAGGCUGUUUGUGCCCAGGUGACCAGCAGGUGAGGCAGGUAGACCUUUGGACCCGGAAAGAGGGAAAGGAGAGACUCCGUCUGCAGAAUGGUGCAGGUUUUAAUGUGCCAGUGGGUGUGAGCGAAGGGUUCCUACCCGCUGAGCCCAGACUGUUCUGUAUUCACGCUGUGCUCAGAGCGAUGGAGCACAAUGACCUGCAGCAGGAGCUGAAGGAUCAGCUCAGCCACGCGCUUUCCAGACAGCACCUCUUCCAGUCAGACUGGGACAUCAUCUCUUUUGCUGUCUUCUUCAUCUUCAUUGGAAUGGUUCUGCUGCUGGUCAUCCUGGUCCUCAUCCGCUGCUGCUGCUGCUGCUGCGGCUGCUGUGACGAGAAGCCUCGCAGGUGGAAGGUGGGCAUAGAGAACCUGGCUCUGGAGCCCUGAUGGAGCUGGAACUAUCCGCGAACCCCCCCGUCACCCAGACCGUUGCCUAAGGUUUUACUGGUCUGGCCCACUUGAGAUUGAAGUGGGCCCCUUACCUAAAGGGAGGUAGACUCCGCUGGUCUAGCGGUUCUCCCGAGGUCAAGCUUUGAUUUGAUGUCACCUCUUAACAGAUUUAAGCCACAUGCACUCGCGAGGAAUUGUUGUUCAUGAACAUGUGAUCUUUUUAACCACCACGGUGUUGCUAGGAUACCACAGAGGAGAUGGAAACACUCUGUAGAUGUGAAUGUCGCUUCCUCCCAUUUUGUUUGUUCUUUGUUUUAAUUAGUAAUGAAUCAAUAAUAAACAUUUAAUGACACAUCUUUAAUUGCA